CUUUAGUUUCUGCUCUCCAACAUGGGAAACUUCAGAGUUCGUCUAAUCCGGGAGUGACAUGGACGCGCAGCUCCUCUUUUCUUGCAUGUGUCCCCUCAGGAUGUUACUCUUUUCAUCACAUCGCAUCAGCACUAUUCUCCGCUCUGCCUGCUCCCUUCAAGGCUGUGAUCGCUUGUGCUGUGCUUUGCUGCUUGAUGCGAGCGUCUCGCCUCGCCUCGUCCGGUCCCUGUCCAGUUUGGUAUGGUUUGGUUAUGGUCUCACCCCUCCCAUGGAUCUCAUACCUCACCUCAACAACCAGGUUCUCCUUGUCCUUGCCCGGGAGUUCCCCUCAUGCGACGCCGACUUUCCAAAUCAACUCCGCCAAAAAUGUCAUGGAUCUUUAAACUCGACUCCACCUCGUCCAACCUCCCCUCGCUCACUCUCUCUCUCUCUCGCUCUAUCUUAUUCUCUUCUAUUCUCAUAUCAUCGAGCUUCUUUCUUAUUCUCAGUCCUCUUCCUAGAUCAUAGACUAAGCAAUCAACAAACUUUACGAAUACAUACUCCUCCACCCUGUAUAUCGCGAAGCUUCGCUUCAAUUCCAUCCUUCCUCGCGGCUGAAUAGAAAGACGGGAUAAUUCGUGUUUGACGGCAUGGAGGCGUUUACGUACCAGUGAACGGUCGUUUCUGCUUGUUGGGGCAUCUCACAAGCUCACUUACGAGCAACCAACCUCCUCUCCUCCCGAUAUCAUCUCACGAGCAAGGAGUUGAACCAGUUUAACCCAAUGGGCAAUGAACUAUCCGCCGAAUCCCCUCGCGGGCAUCGGAAACUAUCCAAGCCACCUCACUGCAGCCAGGCAUCUGCAGCUGGUCUGCCAUACACUGCUACUGCUGUGACACCCCAUCGUGAGCACUUCUCCAACUCGUAUCUGGUCGGAUCGCUGCCGCCUGCUCCCAAUAAGGCUUCUACAACGAGAAGAGUGGCGCCUGGGCUCGGUAUAGCCGUCCCAGCUGGUGACGCUUCCAGUCCUGUACAAUCACCUACAUGUAGAGACCCCAUGCGCGAUUCGAAAUCGCGUACGCGGUCUAUCCAGUCAGAGCAGUCUCCUAUACUGCCAGCUUUCGUCAACAGCUCCAGGACCAGCUCUAUUGCUCAGGACAGCAGCUACCGCACACUGGCGCGCGCUGAUAGCAUGCCUGUUGCAGUACGGCGUGGCUCUGCAAGCUACGAUACGAGAGCUGCUGAGGCCAAGAAGCUUCUCAAUGCAAAGGAGAAGCUCCCAAGCGAGCCCAUCAACUCCAAGUCCAAUAAGCAUUCUAAUGAGACUAGUCAGGAUGUGACGGAUGAUACCAACAACGCCACCCAAUCUGCAGGUUCGUCCAUUAGCAGAACAAAUUCAGACGUCUCUUUUUACAUGCCAAUGCGCCGCCGCUCAGUCGCUCAAACUCCCGGCAUAGCAACCAGAGCUCAUCAUUCCAACCCCCCAGUCUCGGCCAAGUCAAGUUUCCGCAAGAGUCUUCCAGCUACGCCCUCUCAGUCCAGGCACAAUUCGAUAGAAUCUGGCAUAGCAAGACGCAUGUCAAUGCCGACAACAAUCCCUUCCCAGGCGCAAUCCACGGUCCGAGCCGUAACGCCGGUCGAAGCUGACUAUAAACAGCUAGGUGGUAUGAAGUUUGGAUCCCUACGCAUCACAAACGGGGCCCCUGGAACUUCUCCAAUGCCUGAGGAUGACGUCAAACAGCAAGGGGCUUCUGAGUCGGCACUAGCAAUCCCUCGUGCGGAAUACUUUCAUGAGCAAGCCAAUAACCCACUCAGACUGAUGAAUCAGGGCUCGACCAUGACAGAGACCAAUGAGUUAAUGACGGGUGAGAAGACACCUACUUCUCGAGUCGCGAGCUGUGUUACCGAGUGCUCGAGCGAUGCGGAAAAAUCUAGAACAGGCGAUUGCGGAAUGUCUGGGAACGGGAAUGCUGUCUCAUUUCCGGUUGCUGAGGUUCUGGACGUAAGGGAAGACCCAAAUGCAAAGCCCGACCCCAAGAAAAUGCAACUUGGACUCGAAAACAAAAUGCUUAAAGGGUUGUCAAGAUCUGAUAGUGGCUUCAUUCCAAGUCCUUCAUCGGAGAAAACCCAACGCUCUGCGUCUCGAGUCGACAGUGGUUACAGUUCCAAUGUCUCUCUCCGAUCAUUGCCCAGCCUAAGAUCCGGUGUCACGGACAAGAACACCAUGGCCUCCGAAAAGCUUGACGUGGACAUGUCCGGGAUGUGUUCGCCUUCGGAUUCGAAUUCGACCCGAACUUCUUCUUUAGUACCUUCUCAGACACGUAACCGACUGCCUAUCCACCUCGAGGUCCCGUUGUCAUCGACAGAUGAUGAUACCUCUUCGACUUGUCCAACGAGUCCCUCGAGCCCUGCUAGUCGUCCGUUCUCGCCAUUUAGUCGUGGUAGCCGCAUGCGCCUCUCUUCGUUGAAAUCAAACAAGAGUUUCGAACCACGGGUGUCGAACACUACGACAGCGCCGAUCGUCUUUCCCACAGGAGACUUUCAGGAACAGCGACCUCCGCCAGCCGCAGACGUCAGUCGUGGUGGCAGUAAGAUAUACAGGUUCCUGAAUGGCUCUCGCAAGAAGGGAUCCCUAAAGAAAAAAGUGACUACAAUCGAACAGGAUGUCACUGCCGAUCCUUUAGGACUAAAGACAGGCUCCAUACCUAAACCCAACCGACCUGCGCUUCGAAAGGAGCCGAGCAAGGACACUCUGCAUACUAUCAUGAGUGUUGGGAGCCAGGAUGCGAUCAGUGGUACAAGACGCGGGGAGGACGUAGCGCGAGGGGUCAAAAAGACCGUUGGCAAGAAGAUAUCUCGACGUCAAUCGUGGCGCCAAUCCAUUGCUCAUUUAUUUGGUUCACGAAGCGCAGACGCCAGCCCUGCCUUGAGUCCCAUACCUGAGCCUGAGCCCACACCAAGGCGCCCAUCAACUGCUAUGGAGCUUACUUCUCGUUCUUUCAAUGCGGCUCCCGGCCCUCGAGCUGUGAGCUCAUGGUCAUCUCGCCCAGCACCAAGAAAGGCUUCCAGUAGCUCUGGUAGCUUAGCUCCAGAGACCCGGAAGAUGGUUAAUCAGUCAAGCAUACAGGAAAGCCGCGACAAGCCAGAGCUAGCCCAUCUUCGCACGAAUGUUUCCGCACCUAACUUGUCAGCGAAACGUCGAUCAUCCCUGAGUUCAUCUGCGCUUGAGAUGGAUCAGACGCUGCGAACAAAGACCUCACCGCCUGUGAGUAUGCAGAAUCGAGGCAGUAAGCCUCCCAAAGCAAAGUCACAGGCACAAAACCGAGCCAUGACACCUUCUUUUCCCAUUCACUCCCGUCCGAGCGCUAGUCGUCGACUCUCGUUACCCCAAGAUUAUGGUCGAAUUACACCACACAGCCGUCAGAUCUCGCAUGGCCGUACCGAGUCACGCAGCUCCAGUCGAGGCAUGGCCAUGAGUCCUACCGUGGGGUUAAGCUCCCAGCAAGUCAAUGCUGUUCAACACUCGAGAGUUUUGUCAUACUCCAGUAAUGGUACGCAACAGAGUGGUCCUGCUGCCCAACAAGUCAAGCAUCACCGGCGAGUAUCAGCACCUGCGCAGCCGUACCAAAUCGCCAACAUGCCGCGUUCUCGGAGCAGCACUACACUUAUACAGAUACAGCAGCAACAGAUGCUACAGCAACACCAACAACGACGGCCUCGAACAUCUGUCCAAUCAUUGGCUCCAAUGGAUAUGCACAGCCUCAAUCAGCAACUGCAGCAGAACUACAUGAUGCAGAAUCAAGCGCUUGUCUAUGGUGCACCGAACAUGGUUCAACAAUACCCAAACAUCUACGUUACAAGCCCAGUCCCAAAUCAUCAUGUGCACGGUAGGCAGGGUUCCCAGGGAGGGAUAUACGUCCAAGAUCCCCCUUUUCGGGUCCUUCACAGCUAUAACUCCCCAGCAUAUCGAAACGUUCCUAUAUGGAGCCAGUAGCUCAGAGCCUCAACAGCUGGCUCGCCUACUUCUUUGAUUUCAUCGAGAUACCAUAUAUGAUGAAAAUGGUUUACAAUUUCAUUGAUUCUUUUACUGCUUGGCGUUCUCGGGUAAAGGCAGCCUUUCCUUGGAGUACUGGAAUUGGCCCACAGCGUCCACACGCAUUCCUUCGUUCAUUCAUUUAAUCAGUCACACACUGUCUUUCAUUCUAAGAAAUUGCAUGUACAUUUUUAUGAUCAUGUGGAAAGUGUUAUCAGACUUGACAGCUACACCUUCCAGGGCUGGAGCUUGUGUUGAUCUUGGUAGUUUGUUGUUGAAAAGCAUGAUCUCUCUAGGCGAUGUAUGAUUCAAUAUGUUAGCCUUACUAUCUCACAGCGCAUCGUUAACCCGUACAGGGCGAGGUUUCGAUGGCAAUGCAAUUUUCAUAGUGCAAUACUAUUUAAUUAAUGACUUGGUGUCUCUGCUUCUCCGUUGAGACCAC